AUGGAAAAUGUUAAAGACCUUACAGAAGUAGUGAUUAAUGAUGUCCCUAAUGAUGACGAAAUAGAAACUUUAAGUAUUAGCAGUUAUGUUAGGGAUCAUGAUGACGGAAUAGAAGAUACAAAAGAAACAAUAACUGAUUAUCAUGAAAAAAUUUUCAGCUUUAAUAUAAAAAAAGAAUUUAAUAUUAAGCCUGGAAAGACAAUUAAAUGGCUGGUUUUGGUAGAUAGUGAUGAUUGUUGUUUAAAUAUUAAUGUAAAAGCUCAAAAGUUCACCAAAAAAUGGGACACACUUGAUGAAUUUGUUGUUAAAACUAAGAAUAAUUAUGCCCAUUGUAAAUUAUUAGAAAAUGAUGAUUUAUGUUUUGCAACUAAAGAACAUUUACAAAUUUUAUCAUUUAAUGACAAGAAAAUAUUCACAAAGUAUAUUAGAAAAGAAGAAGAAUCUGUAGAAUUUUUAUCAAACAAUGUUAAAAAGAAGAAUGAUGAUAAUGACAAUGAUGUUGAAACUAAUAUAAAUAAUUCUGAACAAUUUGAAAAAGGAAUUGUUAAAGCAAUUGAAGAUAAUCUUAAAGUUGGUUUUGAGAGUCAAAUGAAACUUUUAAUGGAUGAGAUUAAAUUAUUAAAAAAACAAUGA